GAAACAAAUCCAGUGUACUUCUGCAAUUAGUUGUAAUUACUGUCUGCAUAAAUACUGGCAACACAAACACAGAUGAGGAACACACCACAGUCCACUCAAGGAGACACACUAGUUUUACGUCAGCACCUAUUCUGUCUGAAAGUGUAAAAGAAAAUCUAGGAAAAAAAUAUAAAAUGUACAGAGAGGAUGGGAAAACCACUGAUUAUAUCUACGGAAAUUAUUCAACACCAAAACUGUCAACUUGAACAAAUGUACAGAGAAGAUGGGAAAAGCACUGAUAAUAUCUAUGUAAAUGGCGUAAGAGGUCAAACUGGAAAAGACUCAACGCAGGGAAAAUCUGAACUCACAGGUACUGAUAUUAAUAAUUAACCUAGUUUUGAUGCUCUGAACUGAUGUUGUGCUGUGUUAAGUGGAUAAAUAAAGAGAAUAACAGCAAGUUUUUUCUUCAGGAAUGGAUUCAGUGAGGAUCAGAAACUACAGAACAGCUGUAGUGUGCUUGGUGCUGCUGUGUGUUCUUCUGCUGACUGCAGUCAUAGUGCUGUGUGUCACACUCACUCAAGAGAGACAACAGCUCAUAUCCAAGAAUGAAAACCUGACCAAUGAGAGAGAACAGCUAACACACAAGAACACAAACCUGACCAAUGAGAGAGAACAGCUAAUACUCAAGAACACAAACCUGACCAACGAGAGAGAUCAGCUAAGAAGUGAACUUCAGAUUGUUGAUGGAUGGAUUAACUAUCAAUUAAGUUUUUACUACAUGUCCAAUGAGACACGGAGCUGGACUGAGAGCAGAAGAUACUGUACAGAGAGAGGAGCAGAUCUGAUCAUCAUAAACAACAAAGAGGAAAAUGAUUUUGUUAAGACAAUGUUUGACAAAACUACCGUCUAUAUUGGUCUGACUGACAAUGAAGUGGAGGGUAGAUGGAAAUGGGUUGAUGGUUAUGGGGUUUUGGACAGCCAAAUGGAUACAUGA